AUGAAGGUCAUUUCAGUCUGCCUCUCCCACCUGGAACGUANUUUUCGUGCUUCAGGAUUCUUGGAUCAUAGUGAAACUGUUAAAAUCGGAAUGCUCCGGGGACCAGUCUACCGAGUUUUCCGCCUCCAACCAGUUAGUGCCAUGUCCUUGAGCACUCGUAUAUAUGUGCUCUCAAUUGCAGGAUCAUUGGCUGCCGUUUGUCUUUGUCUUGCCACAAUUUGGUUGUGCUAUCGAUUCUGCUGUCGUGCUCGAACCCCGUAUGCCAUGGCUCGGCGCGCUUUCGGGCUGCGGCCUUGGACUGCGAAUGCUGUAAGCAAAACCAUCCACUCGGGCGAAGUGAAUCGAGGUGCGUACCGUCUGCUACCAGUGAACCAGUCCGGCGAAACAGAAUUGAACAGGGACGAAACACGAAAGGCCAUGCUUAGCGACAGGGAAGAUAACUAUGAGGAGGAAGAUGAAGAUAUAGUGGACGAACGGGAGCAGAACUUAUCUGUCCGCAUUGCAUCCGGGGCCACAGAAAGCUUGCCAAAACGUUUGCAUAUGCGAUUGAUGAAACACCGUAAAACCCGAUCGUCCGCAGAGCAACAGAAAAAGUUCACCCACACUCGACUCAUGGACGAUGACGAAGGGCUUGAGGAAGUAGACCUCGUCUAG